AUGGAAGUUGCAGUUUCGUAUUCUAAUCAACAACAACAACAUCUUGGAGGUGUUGUUGAUGAUCUGCAGCAAGUUGUCCUUUUGGAAGAUAUUUCUAUUGGGUUGACUUGUGGAAAUUCAUACAAUACUUCUUUGGAGAGUAUUGUGAUGGAAGCAUUCCGAGAAUUUUCAUCAGAAAGUAUUGAUAAUUAUUCGAAAGGAGUUACAUUGAUUCCUUUGGAUUUAUUGCUUGGUAAAGAAGAGAUCAAGCAAGGAAUUCCUAUUGUAAAGUGUAAAACUAUUUGUAAAUAUGUAGAUAAUUUGUGCCAUUCCCUUUCAACUAAUUCAAUGUGGAGAUUUGUGGCUCCUCAAGCUUUGAUGGACACAGUUUCGAAUAAGAUUAUUUUCAAGUAUUUGAAUAGACAAUUUUCACUGCUGCACUUGGCAUGUAUUUUCAAUAGAUUGGAUCUGUUGGAAUGGUUAGAAGCUUUAUGUUGCGAGUUGAAUAUUUGUGAUGAGAUUAAUCAUUGCCCAUCAUGUCAUCAGAGAAGAGAAAAUUUGUGGUCAACUGUCAAAGAUUCGAAUGACGUGUUUCCUUUAUUUUAUUCGAUAGAAUUCGGCUCAUUGGAAUGUUGUGCCUUCCUGUGCUCUCAACCGAUUGUGAGAGAUAGCCAAUUGAACUUGAAGAGGGAUCACUUGGGUAAUCUUCCAAUUGCUUUAGCUUUACAAAAGAAGGAUUAUGUAAUGUGUGAUACCUUGAGAUUAUUUGGCGCCUCGUUUGAUGUUACGAAUGGGUUAUCAUUUGGCCUGGGACUUGCUGAGAGUUUGAUGCAUCAAAUUAUGAGAAAGCAAGACUAUGAAGGUUUCAGAUAUCUAGCUACUCAUUCGCCUAAAGUUAUUCUGAAAAAGAAUCAGAGAGGUGAGUCUCCUCUCUUCUCUUGUCUAAAGGAUAAGAGAAAUAAUUACAAAGAUGAUUUGGUACAAACAACUGCUAGUUUUGGAAGCGUGGACGGCAAACCAAUCUAUGUUCCUUCGUAUAUUCUCUUCUUUUCCAAAAUAUUGGAAAGCUCUGUAUCUCUAUUGGGUGAAGAACUCUUACAAAAGGCUCUCCUCUCUAGAAAUAACUUUGGAAGAAAUGUCUUAAUGGAAAGUGUAAUCAUGCACGACUUUGAAAGUUCCAAAUUGUUGUGUAAAUUCCUGAUGAGAAAUUACUUGUCUGAGGGUAAUGCAAGAUUUUCUGCUGGUGUUUCAAUGAACAAGUACAACUUUUUGAAGGAAUUAGUCUUUGAUAAGGACAUUACUGGAAUGACAAUCUUCUUUUAUGCCUUUAGCACCACAGUGAGAUAUAUUUCUCUAACGAACGAGAGUGCAAAUCAAACUUAUCAAAUGUUGACCAAACUGUACAAACAUACCUCUGCCUCUAAUCAGACACUAAAGGCCUAUCUCAAAGAAAAGUACUCUACCAAGAAUUUGGAUGUCAAGACUCGUAAUUUAGUAUCUUCUUCAUUCAAAUACUGGCAGAAAUUGGAAGAUUCAACUGAAUAAAUACUAUUCCAUAACCUUUU